UUCCUCCUCUGCCACUUUGAGCUUGGUUUGGUAGUACACGGAGGGGAGUAUGAAGAAAGGGAAACUUCUUCUCAUCUUCUUUCUGCUCAUAUGGCUGGUUUCUCAGCAACCUGUCACUAGCGUUGUUGACGAGAAGAACUCACAGAGCACUCCAUGCACGACGCCGUCGCAUGGAGGUGGUGGCGGCGGCGGUGUGCCGUCUCAAGGUGCACCUUCUUCUCAGGUCACCACCGCCCCUCCAUCUCCUACACUCGUGCCACCUCCGGGGACACCGAUCACCGAUUCCAAUCCCUCACCAUUCACCUGCGACUACUGGAGAACGCACCCGGAAGCAAUACUGGCUCUCUUCGGGUUCUGGUGCACCUUGGGCCAACUCUUAGGCACGCCGGCAGCUUACGCUUUGGGGCGGAACCCCAGCGUGCUGGAGGCGCUAUCGAACACCCGCGCCGACGGGAUCGGAGCUCUGUACCGGGAAGGGACUGCGUCGUUCCUCAACUCACUGGUGAGCAGGAGCUUCGUCUUCACGGCCCGGCAAGUCAGGGAUGCAUUCAACGCCGCGGUGGUCUCCAACAGCGCCGCAGCAGCGCAGGCAGAGCUCUUCAAGAGGGCCAACGAGGGCCACCUCGUGAAGCACCAUUAGGCUGUGUUUAGCGCCAUUGUUCAUCUCCUCGUUCAUCUCCUUCUCGCUCUUCUCAUCGUGAAGCUCUGCUUGUGUGUUGCUGCUAGCCAGUGUGCUUAGGCUCGUGUUUGUUUCCUACUGUAAGUUGUGUGUCUGCUAAUGUAGCAACUCCAUUAUCUUCCA